UCAUUAUUCUUAUAUUUUAACCGGCCAUUGACAGCAGCGUGUUUGUCAUUGUUUUAUAAUCACUUUUUAUAAAACUUAUUAAUAACAUAAAACUAACAAAACUAUUUAUUAGACAUGCUGCGCAUCUUUACACGACUUGCCUCACCAACAUUAUUCCAAACACUCCGUAUACGCGGUUUUGCCACAGCGGAGACUGGCAAGGAGAUAUUAGUGGAGCGACUGGAUGGCGAACGUAAAGGCAUCACGGUAAUUAGUCUCAACAGACCGCAGGCGAAGAACUCAUUCAGCCGUAGCUUGGUGGAAACCUUCGAAAACGUCAUCGAUGAAUUGGAGCAUGACAACGGUUCUAGAUGUGUGAUUUUACGCAGCUCGUCGCCCGGCAUAUUCUGUGCUGGUGCUGAUCUGAAAGAACGAAAAACUAUGACUCAAGAUGAAGCAGCCGCAUUUGUCACAAGUCUGCGUGAAUUGUUAAUCGCACUGGAACAGUUGCCCAUGCCAUCAAUUGCUGCACUCGAUGGUCAUGCACUCGGUGGUGGCCUUGAAAUGGCAUUGGCUUGUGACAUGCGCACAGCAGCCGAUAAUACAAAAAUGGGUUUGGUAGAAACACGGUUGGCAAUCAUACCCGGUGCUGGUGGCACCCAACGUCUACCACGCAUACUUUCUCCCGCAUUAGCCAAAGAACUCAUUUUCACAUCACGUGUACUCGAUGGUAAAGAGGCCAAAGAUUUUGGUAUUGUCAAUCAUGUAGUGCCACAAAAUGAAGCCGGAGAUGCUGCUUAUCAGAAAGCUUUGAAAAUUGCUGAAGAAAUAUUGCCAAAUGGUCCAGUGGGUGUGCGUAUGGCGAAAUUGGCAAUUGAUAAGGGCAUACAAGUUGACUUAAGUACUGGCUAUUCCAUUGAGGAAAUUUGCUACUCUCAGGUAAUACCAACCAAAGACCGCUUAGAGGGCUUGCAAGCGUUCGCGGAGAAACGUAAACCAGUCUAUAAGGGCGAAUAGAGCAAAUGAUGAACUGAAAAUGAAAAAUGAUCUGCAAUACAUACUGUUAAAAUAUUUUUUGGUUGCGCGCUUUAUAAUUGUCAAACAAAUAAAAAAAGUGAUUUAAAAAUAAAAAAACACCUUUGUAUUGAAUGAUUUAUUUUCACACUUUACCAUCACAUCAAUUUGAUUUGCUAUUAUCUUGUUGACCUAUUUAUGUAAUGAAUGUGUAUUGUAAAUUAGCUUAAUGCGUUAAGCUUACCUAAUAAACGAUUUAUUCGAAAUGCA